CACUCUGAAUUUGGAUGACGAAUGCAGGUUCUGGUGGGAAUUUACUACACUUUAGAAGACUUUCCACCAUUUACAUCCUCUACAGAGUAAAUUUUACCUCCGAGAUCUGCUUUCUGCAGGUUAUAUUGAGAACUCUGCUUGGAGUGAUUUCUUCCAACUCCACCCUUCACAUCUAGCUCAGCCCCGGAGGAACCAUGGCCCCGCUCCUCAGUUACAUCUCCAAGUUCAAGAACUUCUUCAUCUUGUUCUUCACGCCCGUCAUCCUCCUGCCUCUGCUCAUCUCCAUUGGGACCCAGGAAGCAAAAUGCGCCUUCGUCAUCCUCCUCAUGGCAGUGUACUGGUGCACAGAAGUCAUCCCUCUGGCUGUCACAUCUCUCUUACCUGCCCUGUUAUUCCCUUUGCUCAAAGUCUUGGAUUCCAAAAAGGUGUGCACCCAGUACUUGAAGGACACCACGAUGCUGUUCCUCGGGGGGCUGAUCGUGGCUGUGGCCGUGGAACGCUGGAACUUGCACCGUCGGAUCGCCCUGCGAUCGCUCCUGCUUGUUGGCACCAAACCCGCCCUGUUGAUGAUGGGCUUCAUGGGAGUCACCGCUUUCCUGUCCAUGUGGAUCAGCAACACGGCCACCACCGCCAUGAUGAUUCCCAUCGUGCAGGCCGUGCUGAAUCAGCUGCAAGACGUGGAAAUGGGGAUGGAAGAAGGCCUCUCUGAGAUUGAACUGGAGACAAAGGAAGAGGGAGGCGAGCAGGGCACCCCCGAGGUCCCUGAGACCCCCGAGACCCCCAGGGAGCAGUACAACGGCAGUGCAUCUGAAAAGAAGUCCAUCUGCAAGGCUCUGACCCUAUGCAUAGCCUAUGCGGCCAGUAUCGGCGGGACAGCCACGCUGACCGGGACGGGGCCCAACGUCGUCCUCUCUGGGCAGAUGCACUCGCUGUUCCCCAAGAACAAGGAUGUGGUGAACUUUGCCAGCUGGUUUGGAUUCGCUUUCCCCAACAUGUUGCUGAUGCUGCUGCUGGCCUGGUUUUGGUUGCAGUGCUUCUUCAUGGGGCUCAACUUUAAGAAACUGUGGGGCUUAGGGAUGGAGAAAACGAGAAAAGAGAAACUGACCUACGAGUUGCUGAGUGCAGAGUAUGCCAAGAUGGGUCCGCUCACCUUCGCCGAAAUCAACGUCCUCGUUUGCUUCAUCCUCCUGGUGUUCCUGUGGUUCACCCGGGAUCCCGGCUUCAUGCCCGGCUGGAUGUCCUUCUAUUGGACGGACGGCAGGACCAAGUAUAUGACUGACGCGACCGUCGCCGUCUUCAUUGCAAUAUUGCUUUUUGUCGUUCCCUCUCAGAAACCUCGAUUCAACUUCCGAAGCCAGACGGACGAAGAGUGGAAGGAACCGUUUUACCCACCAGCCCUGCUGACCUGGAAGGUGACUCAGGAGAGAGUACCCUGGGGCAUUGUGCUCUUGCUAGGUGGAGGGUUUGCUCUGGCCAAAGGAGCUGAGGUCUCCAAGCUGUCCAACUGGAUGGGGGAUCAGAUGAAGCCUUUGAAGUCGGCCCCCCCAUCCGUCAUCACAGUGAUCCUGUCUGUCUUCGUGGCCGUCUUCACCGAGUGCACUAGCAACAUCGCUACAGCCACCCUGUUCCUCCCCAUCUUUGCUUCUAUGGCUCAGUCUAUUGGACUCAACCCACUGUACGUCAUGCUGCCGUGUACUCUUAGUGCUUCGUUUGCCUUCAUGUUGCCUGUGGCCACACCUCCAAAUGCUAUAGUGUUUUCCUUUGGCCAUCUUCAAGUUGCUGAUAUGGCCAAAGCUGGAUUCGUCCUGAACAUUAUCGGGAUCCUCUGUGUGGUGCUAGCCAUAAAUACCUGGGGGGCAGUCAUGUUUGAUUUGAACAACUUCCCCUCUUGGGCCAACGCGACUCAAAUCCCAAUGGACUAAGAUUUGAAGGAGGCAAUCUGCCAAAGCUAAAGAACCUCUGUGUCACCUUUCUCCCUUGGGGCCGAACUCCCACCCAAAAGCUUGCUACGUCACUCCCCUAAUGCCCCAUCUCCGACUCCUUUCCAAAACCCAGAUUUGGGGCCUCAUGGCCCUGUCAGGCUGAAACAAUUGAGCCCUGAUUGAGCCUCGGGCACAGCAUCCAAAAACAACUGGCUGCACCCCCGUCUGAUGAUCUCAUCAUCUCCCGACCCUGGACUGCUGAUAUUUUCACCAGACAACUGCCAGGCUAGUACUGGCCAUUUCCCUGGUCCACCGUCAUUGACGCAGACACCCUGAGCGGAUAUGGAGGUUUAUUUACCGUUCCCUGCUGCUUGUAGGGAAGGCCGCGAACACUCCGGCUUGCUAAGGAACCUUCCAGGGGUGGGAAGCAUUGAAAGGUCAAUGUAGGCUCCACUGCCUAUAGACUCUUAAUUUCCAUCUACCUCAGAUAUGGAACGAUCCACAAGUAAACUGCACACUGAAUCAACAAUGUCAAUGGUAGCAAAAUCCUCCCCCCGGCCUUCAGGUGUCAUGGCGAUGAUCUCUCCGGAGCUUAAAAACCAGCUUCCCACCUCACUGUUUCUGGCUUCUGAAUAUGGUCACCACUGUUCUGGGUUUUCCCAUGAUGCACUGCUUCUUAUGAGAGGAUGAGGCUAAAUUUUGAUAAAGGCUGCUUGAAUGGACACCCCACUUCCUGCCAUCUCUACCGCCCGAGUACCUGUUUGGGGGCUUCCUAAGAUGGCGCCUUGUGCCUUUUCAGUUCUCAGAUGAAGCUCUAUUAAAUAUUCAGUUUAUUUUCCCUUACCAGGAAGGUGCAAAUGCCAUCGGAGGGGUGCCGUUUAUCUUUGAUAUCCUCUGAAUAUCGCCCAGGGUCUUGUGUAUUCCCGGGAGGGGGCUGCCUGAGGCCUCUCAACCCAGGAUCCAAAAUGCACUACUGUCUUGAGCUGGGAAUUUUCCUGGCCAAACUGUUGUCCAGGUAACUACUUCCAGAGGAACUACUCUCUGUAGCGUUUCCAGAAACUCCCCUCUCCUUCCAGGAGAAUCAGUGCUGUUCGGGGUUCAGCUCUUGAAUGAAAACCAAGAUCUCUGGGAGACUCCCUUCACUUUACAAAUCACAACUCUUUCACCUGGCAAACUUGCCGAGUGUGUGGCUGUGACUUCAACAGUGGGUUACGAGAAUUAGACUCAGUAUUCAAGAAACAAUUUCUUUUUCUAUAUUGGUAAGAUGUUAACAGACUAUGGGCGAAAAGCAAGAAGACUCGAUUUUUUUUUCUGAAUUUACUUCUCUAAUUUGAACUCUCCUGUGUGCUUCUAAGUGCCUUAAUCUUAGGCGAUGUUGAGGAAAAUAAAUAGAAAAGUAAAAUUUCCCCUAAA